AUGCCAGCACCUAGAAGUAAGAGGUACCGCUCUGACGAUUCGGACCCUCGAAAACGGCUCCUCCGUCGCCCGCCAACUCCUAGCCCUCCAGCUCCGAAGUGGAUCGACAUAGAACUCAUUCACACCUGGAUCCAGGAGUGCGAUGCCAAGCAUGGGGAUCACUGCCAAAGAUCAGGCUUGCCUGGUGAAUCUCAUCUAGGCUUACCCCGCUGGCUGAUCCAUGUCAGGGAAAAACGCCUAGUGCCCUUCGACCCAGUCUGCCGAUAUGUCGCUCUUAGCUAUGUCUGGGGGAAAACGGGCCCCAAUGAUCCCCAACUCUUGUUGGGCAAUCUCCUCGCCUUUCAGGAAGUCGGCUCCCUUGAGACGAUGUGGGAACAACUCCCCCGAACAAUUCGGGAUUCGAUUGAGUUUAUGAAACGAGUCGGGGAAGAAUUUCUAUGGGUCGAUCGUUUCUGCAUCGUUCAGGAUGAUGAUGUGUCAAAGCAGGAACAGAUUCGACACAUGGCCUUCAUCUACGGCAGCGCAUAUUUCACGCUGGUAGCUGCGGCUGCUUUCUGUGCUACAGGAGGGUUGAGAGGGAUUAGAGACGUCACCCCAUCAAUGGUUGUCGACCACUGGUCAGGCGAGGGUCACUAUGGUCUCGUCGCGAGCUCAGGGUGGAACCGCCGAGGCUGGACGCUGCAAGAACUCGUGUUUUCACAACGAGCACUUUUUUUUCAUCACAACGAGAUUACUUGGGAGUGCCACUGUGCAGUGUGGCAUGAGCGCACACCCUUGGAAGACUUGUGUAUCAAAAACUGCUUCGGGACAUAUGCACGAGAUACUCGCGGUUUCCAUUAUUCCCCUUGGCCGAAUUUGGAGGAAUUCUAUCACUUGGCGGCCAGCUAUAGUCAGAGAAGCCUAUCUUUCUCAACGGACAUCCUGCCAGCUUUCACCGGUAUCAUGACGGCUUUGACUCCCUCAUUCCCUGGGGGUUUCCUGUUCGGCCUCCCCGAAGUUGCGUUCGACGUUGCUCUCUUGUGGAGAACAACAGGUCGUGCAUCCUUCUGUUUCCAGCUGGGCGUGGGACCUGUGCCCAGCUGGUCAUGGAUGAGUUGUCUAUACCUGAAGACAUCAGCGGAUUUUUCGCCAUGGGCAAGCGCGUUCUCGUACUUGGAUAGAUCCGAUUUUGACCAAGAUCGCCAGCAAAGAUACGGCUCUCCUUCUUGGAACCGUAAAUCCCCUCCUGAAGGUCUUUUGGAUGGCCUAGUAACCAAACCACUCUGUACCUGGUAUGUCAAGGAGACUACAGGAAACAGGCACAUCUCGAAUUACCUGGAUGGGUUCAAGCGUUGCAGCCUUGACCCUGCGCUUGAGCUACCCCCAGGCUGGCAAAAGGACGGGAAUGUCUUCCAUCAUCCGUGCGAUCCAGAACGCAGAUUCAAGUACCCGAUUCCUCUUGUGACCGAUGGAGAGAAGGAAGGGUUGAGGAAAGAAACUCCAUUUCUCAUAACGUGUAAGACGGAGCGGGCGUGGCUUUGGAAUAUUCGUGCGCCAUUCGGGGAGCCCAUUUACAAACUUGAGGGAGAAGCCGCCAUCAAUCUCUCCGACAGCGAAGGGACGUGGGUUGGGUGUCUCCGCGUUCAGACACUAACUGUCCUGUGGCGGCUUCUGUCCAAAAGGGUAAAGUAUUCAACCGCUGGUGGGUGGAGUCUUCUUGAUGAAUAUCCGGAGUUGAAGAAUCAGGGUCGGGAAUCAUUCGAGUUCUACAAUGUCUUGCUUGUUGAUUGGAAGGAUGGCGUUGCUUACCGGCAGGGCGUUGGCCGCGUUGACAAGUCAGCUUGGGAACUGCAAGAUCGGGAGGAGUUUGAGUUGGUGUUGGGCUGA